AUGGUUCUGCUCAUCAACUCGGUGUCAGUUCCGACUAAACUGUUGCGUCCAUACAGGUCAGUCAUCACGUUGCAAUUCAUUGAGCCUGCUGAUACCGGCCUUUGUGGAAAGAGAAGGCGGCCUUGCUUUUUUCUCCGGUGCUCCCACACUGGGAGCACCGGAGAAAAAAAAGAUAAUUUCUAUGAACAGCUUAACACAGCUGUAAACGCGACGCCCUUUGAACACCAAUUGUUUGUGCUGGGUGACUUCAACGCACAAGUGGAUGUAGAUCAUGACAUAUGGCGUGGAGUACUGGGGCAAAAUGGGCUUGGUAAGGUGAACUCAAACGAAAUAAGGCUUUUUGAGUUCUGCGCAGUGCAAAAACUGGCUGUGACAAACACGGUCUUCCAAUUGUCAAACAAGCUGAAGACUCUGGAUGCACCCACGAUCGGGACACUGGCAUCUGAUCGAUUACGUCAUCACAUGACAAAGGGACCUAGGCAACGUUUGCCUCACCAGAGCUAUUCAGGCGAUAGCUGUGUGGUCUGA